AUGUCCAAAUAUUAGUAACUAAUCAUCAGCGUAUUCUUCUUCAUUCCUAGCUAGAUGGCUGCUGAUUUAGUAAUUAAGUUAUUAUUGUUGGGCGUAAUCCAUUUGGUUUCCAUCCAAGGAAUUCAAGGUUGCUUUGAAGAGGAGAGGAAGGCUCUUCUAGAAUUCAAGGCUUUUGUUAAAUCAGACGGACAAGAUGCAGACCAUCUUCUUCCUUCAUGGGUUAAUGACCCAGGGGAUGACUGUUGCAAAUGGGAGAGAGUCGACUGUGACUCCACCACAGGCCAUGUGAUCAAGCUCUCCCUCAGCAAUACCAGGCAGUUUGAUGUACUUCCUUUUAGCAUAUAUGAUCCCAAAAAUAGUUGGCAUUUAAACAUCUCCUUGUUUCAGCCAUUUAAGGAGCUAAGAAGGCUCAAUUUAUCCUUCAAUGUAAUUGCUGGGUGGAUACAGAACAAAGAAUUAUCUGUUCUUGAGAACUUAGAAGAGUUGGAUUUAGGAUCCAACAGACUGAAUGGCUCGUCAGCAGCACAAGAAUUUGGUAACUUGAGCAAUGUGGAGGUGCUUAUUUUGAGUCAAAAUAGCCUCAGUGGAAACUUGCCAAUUCAAGGUUUUACAACACUGAAGAUAUUAGAUUUGAGUAAGAAUCAAUUCAGUGGGGGUAUUCCUUCAUCUAUUGGGGCACUGCAUUCUCUAAAAGCAUUGUCUUUGUCUUCUAAUCAUCAACUUAAUGGCUCCUUACCAAAUCCUGGUCUGUGUCGAUUAAAAAGGCUUCAAGAAUUGGAUUUGAGCCAAAAUAGUUUUGAAGGGACACUUCCUCCAUGCCUAAACAAUUUGACAUCUCUUAAACUCUUAGAUAUGUCUUACAACCACUUCACUGAAAAUGUUUCCUCAGAUUUGAUACGAAGCCUCCCAUCAUCCCUUGAAUUCAUGGAUCUUCGUCACAACAAUUUUCAGGGCUUAUUCUCAUUUAGCUAUAUUGAAAAUCAUUCCAAGCUUGAGGUAUUCAUGCUUACAGGCAACAAAGAUAGACUACAAAUUGAUGCUCAGAGUCUUGGUUGGAUCAAUCCAUUGUUUCAAUUGAAGGCAUUGAUACUCUCUAAUUUGAGUCUAAACAGUAUUCCAAAGUUUCUUUUCUACCAACAAAGGUUGAGAGUAAUUGAUCUCUCUUACAAUAAGUUGAAAGAAGAGUUCCCUAUUUGGUUGCUGCAAAACAAUUCUGACCUCAAAUUUAUGAAUCUCAGGAAUAACUCUUUUGCUGGUCAAUUCAUCCAUUUGCCAUCAUAUCAAAUGCAAAAUAUGGUUUGGUUGGAUCUCUCAAAAAAUAAUUUUAUUGGGAAGUUACCUGAGGAUUUUGGAGACAAACUUCCUAGUUUACGGUAUCUUAAUUUGUCUGGGAAUCAAUUUGAAGGUGCUCUACCAAGUAGUCUAGGGAACAUGCGUGAUUUGUCCAAGUUGGAUUUGGCAUUCAAUAAUUUCCUAGGAGAAGUUCCUAAAGAAUUGCUUGUAGGGUGUAGUGGUUUGCAACAACUGAUAUUAUCGCACAACAAACUUGGUGGCGAAAUCUUUUCAUUUGAAUUCAAAUUUAGUAAUUUGAGGCAGCUGGAGUUGAGCAAUAAUGAAUUCACUGGAAACCUAUCAAAUGUGAAGAUUGAGACAUUGACCAUAUUCGAUGUUAGCAACAACAACAUGACAGGUCCAAUUCCCACUUGGAUUAAUACAGUGAGUUGGAAAAUUUCAAUAAGGAAUAACUCUUUUGAGGGCCAAUUUCCAUGCCAACAACUUAUGUCUCCGUUGUUUUUUCUUGACCUCUCUCAAAAUUUUCUUUCUGGUCCUCUACCCUCCUGCAUUGAUUUCACCACAAUUGGGGAGAUUCAUUUAGAAGGGAACAAGUUCACGGGGUUGUUACAAGAGUUUCUUCCAAAUUUCCCAACUAAUCUUUCCGUGUUGAAUCUCAAAGAUAACAAUUUGUCCGGUUUUAUUCCAGACCUCAAUGCCAUAAUGGAUUUUUCUAGCAAUUCUUUGUCUGGAACAAUACCGCCUUGUUUCCAAAAUUUAACCUUUGGGGUGAUGGAGAACUACGGUGAAUCUCUUGCACAACAUUCAAUCCCAUUUGACAUCCAGUUUACUGAUCAAGAUCACAUAUAUGGGGAUCUCCUGAAGAAGAAUCUGAACCUCUUCAUAGAUGUCGAGACUAUAGGACUCAAUGAGAUUCAUUUGGUAAAUAAAAACAAGGGGGGCUCUUACAAGGGUAGCAUACUAAAUUUCAUAUCUGCUCUCGACGUCUCCUGCAAUAAUCUGACUGGAGAAAUCCCUCAAGAGCUCGGAACGUUCUCUCAGGUUCAUGCUUUAAACUUAUCUCAUAAUCGGAUGACAGGUCCCAUUCCAGUUACUUUGUCGAAGCUAUCCCAGAUUGAAAGCUUGGACCUUUGCUGCAACAAUCUGACUGGAAAACUCCCUCCAGAGUUGACCAACCUGCACUUCUUGGAAGUCUUCAAUGUCUCAUACAACAAUUUAUCUGGAGAGACUCCAAUGAUGAUAACGCAGUUUUCAACAUUCGACGAGAGCAGCUAUAAGGGAAACCGGUUUCUUUGCGGGCCGCCUUUGGAGAAAAACUGCGGCAAUGAUAUUGAGACACCGUGGUUAAAAUCAGAUGCAACUAAAGGGAAAUGGUAUGACAUUGAUCUUAUUGAUUUUCUUGUAUGUUUUGUGCCAGCAUAUUUGGUUUUCUUUCUGUUGAUGGUAUCCCUUCUCUACAUCAACCCUCAUUGGUUAAGAAGGUCACUUUAUUUCAUCGAUCAUUAUUAUUCCAAGCUAAUAGUUGCUUUCUGGAUCUAGUAGUAUUUGAGAUUUAAAGUUCUUGUACGAUCACUAUGUAAAAACUAGUCUAUAGCACCCUGUUAUGUGGGGGUGUUCUUUCGUGCAAUUAAGUUCAAAGUCUAAAAGGUUUUAUCUAUGCUUUAUGAAGAAAGAUGAGAACUUAAA